CAGCCUUGUCGACACAUUCCUCAGUCCUCGCCGUACACACUCUUUCUUCCUCCUCUCUGGCUGUCUUGCCCUCCAGUCCUCCACUACCUCCCCGCCGAUGGCGCGUGGACGGUCGCUCCACUGCCCUCAGCCGCCGGCGCGAGGACCACUGCCUCCCCGCAGCCGGUGCGAGGACCACGGCCGCCACAGCCUCCCCGCAGCCGGUGCGAGGACCACGGCCGCCACAGCCUCCCCGCCGUUGCCACGAGUUCCAGAUGCUCCACUGCCUCCCUGCCCCCUCCCCACCGGCGCGAGAACCGCGUCCUCCUGGGUUCCCCUCCGCCGGCGCAAGGACGGGCCCCUCCCCUGGUUCCCCUCCGCCGGCGCAAGAACUUGUCCCUCCCCUUGUUCCCCUCCACCGACGCCAAGAUCGCUCCUUCCCCUGCCUCCUCACGGCUGCCGCGAUAUCCACCCCAUACACUACCUCCCCGCCACUGCCAGAACGGCCGGCCCAUCCCCUGCCGCGCUCGCGUUGGAGGAAUCAACAACGUGGGCUGGGUCCUCCCGGCUCCCUAGGGACAAGUGACGCCGGUGUUGACACCCCGCUCUGGCGGGUUGGCCGUGUCGCAAGCCUCUCGGUCGACUCCCCUCUCCACCUUGCUCACCACUGGAUGCCACACAGUUUCUAGUAAAUGAUGCAAAGGUGAUUCAACAAUUUUUCUGGUUCUUCUGAAGCUGUUCUGGAACCCUGAAG